CUUCGACCUUCUUUUGUCCUUUCGUCCCCCUGUUCACAUCCACCACCACCCCUCCCUGCCACAACGCACCAACACACCACCACCACCACCAUGGCGGCUCCGGCAGGCAUCUUGAACUUUGUGCGGGGCCUGGACCUGUCGUCCAAUCCGCUGGACGAUGACUUUGGCAACAGAUUGAAGAACUUGAGCAACCUGUACUGGGUGAAGCUGAACAAGACCGGCCUGGUGCACGUCCCGCCAACCGUCACCUCCAUCCCAAAGCUGGAAGCCAUCUCGGUCUCGAGAAACAACCUCAAGGCGCUCUCCAGCGAUUUGGCCGAGCUGAAACACCUCGGAUCGAUCAUUGCGCGGCGCAACCAGAUCAACAUGCGCGGAUUGCCCGGCGCAGUGUUCUUGCUGGAGGACUUGAACACGGUCGAUCUCGGCUGGAACGACUUGAGCGACCUGCCCAUCGACGCGCUGGAGGCACGCGCGCUGAAGGUGCUGGCGCUCGCGCACAACCGCCUCAAGGCCAUUCCGUCGCAGCUGCUCAUCAACUCGCCGGAUAUCCAGUUCCUAGACGUGUCCAAUAACAUGAUUGACAGCAUUCCCCCGCAGUUGCGGCGCCUGGCCCACCUUGAAAGCCUCAAUCUCGCCCACAACCCGCUCGAGCACGUCUCGCUGCGCCCGCUGUGCGCCCUCAACACGCUGCAAAUACUCAAUCUCUCCAGCACACAGCGCACCGUGUCCAACAUUCCCGAUGUGCUCGACCAACUCUCCAACCUCACCGAGCUCGACUUGUCGUACAACACGCUGCCGACGAUUCCCAUCGUCCUGUACAACCUGGCUUCGCUGCGACGACUCAACCUCAGUAACAAUGGCCUCACCGAGGUGCUCCCCCUUAUUGGUCAGCUGGAAAACCUCGAGACCCUGAAUCUCUCGACCAACAAGCUGUCGUCCAUUCCAGACACCAUUUUUGACAUUCGCACGCUGCGUCGCCUCUAUGUCGAUCGCAACAACCUUCGCACGGUGCCCGACAAGUUUGAUCAGUGCACGGAACUCGAGCUCUUCUACGCCGCCCACAAUCACCUCACCGCCAUCCCCGUUUCGAUCUGCAGCUGCACCAAGCUCCGCCGAUUGAAACUGAACGAUAACAAAAUCUCAUCCGUGCCCGUGCAAAUUUACCAGCUCGAGCCACACCUCAAGUUGUUUGCUGUCGAGGAUAACCCCGACUUUGAGAUGCCCCCACGGCCCAAGGGCUUCACCGUCAACGACCUCUACAAUAUCGACUUUGACGCGCAGGCUGCGGCAGCGCAAGGUCAGCUCGGCACGUCGAUUCUCGCUUCGCGCGAUAUCAGUGUCCAGGCCACCGAGGUCAAGACAGCCAACGUCAAGCACACUGGUGCCGGUCUCAUCAAAGGUCGCGAGGCUGACACGGUCAAGGUGCUCAUGGGCAUGGCCAAGGUCAGCAACGACAAGGGAAAAUCGGCGCUCGCGAGCGCGCACACGGCUCCCGAGACCGAGGACGACAAGCCGGUCGAGACGCGCAAGCCCAAGCGUUGGGACGAGCAGAUCGAUCGUCCCCAGCUUGACUACAGUGAGAUUUUUGGCGACGCUGUCGGCAAGCAGGAGGGCGUCACUGUUUGGCGUAUUGAGAACUUUUUGCCCAUCGAGGGCGAGCCCGAGCUCAACGGCAAGUUCUACGAGGCAGACUGCUACAUUGUGCUCAAGUCGACGACAAACGAGCAAAACGGUGGUCUGGACUAUGCCAUCUGGUUCUGGAUUGGCGAAAAGUCGUCGUUGGACAAGAAGGCCAGCGCGGCCAUCCAUGCGGUCAACCUGCGCAACUAUUUGGAAGCAAAGACAAUGGUCUCGCGCGAAGAACAAAACGACGAGUCGGGAGAAUUCUUGCACUUGUUUAAUAACGAGAUUGCCUACAUUGAGGGCGGCACGGAGAGCGGCUUCUUUAUUGUCGAGCAGACGGAAUAUGUGACGCGCCUCUUCCGCGUGUGGGGCGAAAAGGAGACGCAUGCCGAGCCAUCGCCAUUGCUGCCCACCUCGUUGCACACCAAGCUGGUCUUCUUGUUGGACAUGGGCCUGAAAAUGUACGUGUGGGCUGGCGUCGAUUCCAAGCUCACGCAGCGGUCCAAGGCUCGCCUUCUUGCAGAGCGAUUGAACAAGAACGAGCGUGGCAACCGUGCUCAAAUUGUCCAGGUGAGCCAGGGCGAUGAGCCCGACGAAUUCUGGGCUCUGCUGCACGGACAGCAGGUGCUCCCCGACCGCGGCCACACCAACGGCUCCCAGCGUGGGCAUCAUGCCGCUGGUGACUUGCCCGUCCUCGCAGCUGUGACGUCUGAUCCGGCGAAGGCCGAGUUCCCCUUCCGACGAUCCUGUUUGUACAAGGUGGCUCUGGGCAAGGGCUUUUUGGAAUUGCCUCAGGUGGACACGUUCUCGUCUGGUGGCAACUUGUUGCAGAGCAUGCUCGAAUCGACGCACGUGUACAUUCUCGACUCGCAUGUGGAUGUUUUCAUCUGGAUUGGGCGCAAAUCGAGCCGCCUCGUCCGUGCUGCAGCCAUGAAACUCUCGGACGAACUCAUGCACAUUCUGCCUCGGCCUGCUCACGCCAUUGCUAUCAAGGUGCUCGAGCUUGCUGAAACCCAGUUCUUCAAGCUGCACUUCCAGGGAUGGGACGAUGCCAUUGCCGUCGAUUUCAGCGCACAGAACAUUAUGCCGCCAGUGCUCACCGUCAAGCAAAAGCAGGAGCGCGUCAAGGCGACCAUCGAGCGUCCCGAGGUCAAGUACACUCCGCCCAAGGUUGACAUUCGUGCGCUCUUCACUGCACGCCCAAACCACCUGGCGGACGAGCAGGCCGAGGACUUUAUGGCCGACGCCAACGACCGUCUUGAAAAGAUGGAGUGCUUUGUGCUCGAAGGCCGCAAGUUUGUGCGUCUGCCCAAGAAGGAGGUCGGCCAGUUCUACGACCACGACUGCUAUGUCUUCUUGUGCACGUACUGGAAGGACAAGGACUAUGUCUUCCAUGACAGCAACGAAAAUGACGUCGACACAGUCAAGCGACCUGGCGAAAAGGACGCUGCGGCGGCGGACGGCAGCGAUGACGAGGCCGAGGGCAAGGGCAAGGGCAAGGGCAAGGCCAGCAGCGACGACGAAGAAAACGGCGAGGAAGGCGAGGGCGACGAAGAUGAUGACCAAGACGAAGAAGAGGAGGAGGAGGAGGAAGAAGAAGAGGAAGACGAAAUUGAAUGCGUCGUCUACUUUUGGCAAGGUCGCUUUGCCAACAAGAUGGGUUGGCUGACCUUUACCUUCUCCUUCCAGAAGGAAAUUGAAAAGCUGGUCGACACCAACUUUGGCUGCUCGCUCCGUGUUCUUCGCAGCUUCCAGCAGCGCGAGUCGAUGACCUUCCUUUCGCACUUUGGCGGCCGAUUUGUGAUUCAUCACGGGCAGCGACCGACCAAGGCCGAGUCGGCCGCUUUGGCAGCCAUCACGGGCACGACCAAGGGCUCUCCCGCAAAGCAAGCCGCGUCGUCAAAGCUUGCGGCCACUUCGAUGGCCGUCAUGCUGUACCACAUCCGACAAAACUCGUCCCGCAUCACCAUGCGCACCAUUUGCGAGCGGCCCCAUGCGUCGUCCUUGUGCUCGCAGCAUUGCUAUGUGCUCAAGGUGCCCUUCGACAAUGUCAAGAGCGGUAUUGUGUAUGUUUGGAUUGGCAAGCACGCAUCUGCCGUGGACGCCAAGCUGGCCGACACCAUUGGUCACUUGAUCAAGGGCGAUCUGCCCUACUCGCUCCAGACCAUCAUGGAAGGCAACGAACCUGAAAACUUUUUCUGGGUUGGUCUCGGCGGCAAGGCUGCCUAUGAUGCCGAUGCCGACUACAUUGGCAAGGCUCGUCUCUUCCAGUGCACCAACGCCGACGGCUACUUUGCCAUUUUGGAAAAGAAUCCCGACUUCUGCCAGGACGAUCUUGCCGACGAGGAUGUCAUGAUUCUCGACACGAGCAAGGAUGUCUUCCUCUGGUUUGGCGCGCAUGCCAGUGAAGCUGAAAAGAAGCUGGCCAUCAAGAGUGCUCAGGUCUAUCUGGAGCGGAAUGGAGACGGACGCACCGUCAAAAACCUCAAGAUUGCCAAGCGUGGCCGUGAGCCGCAUGCGUUCACGCGCUGCUUCCACGGCUGGGAUGACACUCCUCGCGAGCGCGAGUCGCUCUAAAGGCAGACGACGCUUGGUCGGACUGUUUGACUCGCUUUUGGCGACCUUCCUCGCUUUGUCAAUCUUUUGGUUAACUGGGGCUGUUUUUUGGCCGUUGUUAUUGACUUGGUUGUGUUUGUUGGUUUGUGGUUGUCUGUUGUUUGUGUGAGUUCUUGUUAUUGUUCAUUUUACACACUUUUCAUUUUGG